AUGGACGAUCCAGAAAGUGACGCUGGUGAUGCGGACAAUGUCCGAAUAGCGUCCGGGAGGAGCGGAAUUUGGCGGUACUACAGUUUCAGCGUUCCAAACGUGGCAACGCAACAUCGCCGCAUCGCGCAACGCAACAUCGCUACCCUUCCUGAAUCGGCAGCGACGCGUCUGCCGUUGGACAAGAAGAGAGAGCCUGCGCUGAACGCGAAGGUCGCAGAAAUGAUUGCCAAAGAUAUACAACCGUACAGCUUUGUAGAGGAGCCUGGUUUCGUCGCCCUGAUCAAAGAAGCUGUCCCAAACUACGUGAUGCCGGCUAGAACGACGUUCUCACGGCAGGUAAUCCCACGCCUGUAUCACGACAUGCGACGUCAAGUGGAACUGGAACUGUCCAAGGCAUUCGAGAGUGGAACCCCUGCUGCGGCAUUCAGAUGUGACAUGUGGACAUCACAUGCAAAUGACAGUUACAUCAGCCUGACAUGCCACCUCAUGACUGUAGACUAUGAACUAAGAAGGUACACGCUGGCCACGAGGCACAUGACCAAGUCCCACACUGCAUUGAAUCUUUCAUCCAUGCUGCAAGAGCUGUGUUCAGAAUGGCACAUCCCAUCUAGUGUGACAGCCUUCAUUGUAACAGAUAACGGGCGCAACAUGCGGGCAGCCGUCAUGCAGCUACCGUGGAAAGAGCGUGCGUGUUUCGCGCACACCCUGCAGCUCGCAAUUAAUGACGCACUCCCACAGGUACCUGGUCUGACUGAGCUUUGCAAAAAGGCGCGAGCAAUUGUAGGGCAUUACAAGCAUAGCCCAGCACAGAAGCGACUAGAUGAUCUACUCCUCAAUAUGAACAAGCCGACUUUGAAAGUACUCCAGGACGUGCAGACACGCUGGAACAGUCAAUUUGUGAUGUUUUCUCGUCUUCUACAGCUGAGGGAAGCAGUCUCCGUAGAGCUUGCAACUUCUAAUUCAUCAAUCGACUGCUUUACCAGCACGGAGUGGAGGUUGGUGUCAGACAUUGUUGACGUGUUGCAACCAUUUUAUGACGCUACAGUGGAAGUUAGUGCAGACAGAUACCCGACCUUAUCCAUCUUGACGCCAAUUGUGUUUGUCCUGAUGGAAUGCGUCUCACAGCUUCAGCAUGAAUCUACACUGGCCAAAUGUGUCUUUAAAUGCAUGAGGGCACGAUUUGUAGGAUACGAACUUGUCGAAGUUGCCAACAUGACAAUGUUCUUAGAUCCUCGUUUCCGGUGCACACUGUACAGUAGUGACAGCCAGAUGCAACUAUGGCUUGCUGACCAGGUGAUGAAAGAACUGCAGCCAUUUCAAGAAGAGUUCAGUCCCCAGAAGGAUGCUUCCUCAUCAACAGCUCCAACUUCAUCACUGAGCUUGUGGAAUGCAUUUGAAAGACUAAUGGAAAGUUCUGACCAAGGGCAAGCAAUGUCAUUGCCCGAAAGGGAAGUCGGCGAUUACACGAAGGGUGCCCUCCUCAAAAGGAGCGAGGACCCUUGCCGGUGGUGGCAGACUGUCGGACGUUUUAAGUACCCCAUGCUGGCACGGGCUGCUUUGAAGUAUUUGGCCAUCCCAGCAACGUCUGUGCCAAGUGAGAGAGUGUUCUCAAACGCAGGAUGA